ACCAGUGCCCCGGCCCGCGGUGGACUGACGGCGGCAGCCACGCCAAGGGCCAGCUGAGGACGGGGCCUCUCCGGACCGUCGUCGUUCCCGGCCUCUCUCCCAUUUGGAUCCUCCCUUGCUCCCGGCGCAGCUGCCUUUCGCCUCACCGCCGUGAUGAACGGGCUGUCGAUCAGCCAACUCUGCUGCCUCUUCUGCUGUCCUCCCUGCCCCAGCCGCAUCGCUGCCAAACUGGCCUUCCUGCCUCCAGAGCCCACCUACGCCGUGGUCCCCGAGCCGGAGCCCAUGGGCAGCACCAGCACCAGCUCCCUGCGCGGCGGUGCCGCGGGGCGGUGGAAGCUGCACUUGAAGGACCGGGCGGAUUUCCAGUACUCCCAGCGGGAGCUGGACAACAUCGAGGUGUUCGUCACCAAAAGCAGCCGAGGGAACCGCGUUGGCUGCAUGUACGUCCGCUGCGUGCCAGGUGCCAGGUACACGGUCCUCUUCUCACAUGGCAACGCCGUGGACCUGGGGCAGAUGAGCAGCUUCUACAUUGGGCUGGGCACCCGCAUCAACUGCAACAUCUUCUCCUACGACUACUCGGGCUACGGCGUGAGCACGGGCAAGCCCUCCGAGAGGAACCUCUACUCCGACAUCGACGCCGCGUGGCAGGCGCUGCGGACGCGGUAUGGGAUCAGCCCAGAGAACAUUAUUUUAUAUGGACAAAGCAUUGGCACGGUGCCCACGGUUGAUCUGGCCUCCCGCUACGAGUGUGCUGCCAUCGUGCUCCACUCCCCACUCACCUCUGGCAUGAGAGUCGCCUUCCCCGAGACCAAGAAGACCUACUGGUUCGAUGCCUUCCCCAACAUCGAGAAGAUCUCCAAAAUCACCUCUCCUGUCCUCAUCAUCCACGGCACGGAAGAUGAAGUCAUCGACUUCUCCCAUGGCCUGGCACUCUUUGAACGCUGCCCCAAGGCUGUGGAGCCGCUGUGGGUGGAUGGGGCCGGGCACAAUGACAUUGAACUCUACAGCCAGUACCUCGAGCGCCUUCGGAAAUUCAUCUCCCAGGAGCUGGCCAGCCAACGCAACUAGCUGCAGGACUCGGGGACAGGCAGGGGGUUUCUGCCUGUUUCUCCAGUUCUCCCAGUGCCCCUCCCCAGUCCCUGCUGCUGGAGGUGCAAUGAGUUUGUACAGCCUCAGCUCCAGGCUUGGGAGACGGCAGGAAGCCCUGGAGCGGAUGGUGCGUUUCCUCUUGGACAUGAGCACAACUCUCCUCCCUCCCAGUGUCAGCCCCGGCGCUGCUGGCACCACCAGCCGGGCUGGCAAGAGACGGCAGCUCGCUCCCUCCUUCCCCCUUCCCCAGAAAGAUGAGAGCCCACCCUCUUGAUGGCGAAUCCUCGGCUUCGGAUAUGUCCUCGUCCCCUCUCCUAACGCAGCGAACUCACAAAUUCCUCCUGGCCGCUCUGCUGCUCUGACUAUAGCAAUAAGGCGAGUUGGAGAGGGGCUGGGGGCCUGGCCCCCUCCCCAGCAUCGCUGUGAAGCAGGACGGUGAGGUGGCAGUUCCUGCUCUCGACGGAGCUUUCCCGGGAUUGGCACUGGUGGCGGCAGGGUGCCUGGUGUUCGCCCCGUGGCUGGGGCAGAGCUGUGUCCCCAAGGGAAGUUUGGGGACGCGUGGAGAAGGUGCCCCCCUGCCCCACACCCCCUCCAGUCUGGCCCUGCUCUGCCUUCUCAGAGCACCCCCUGUGUUCAGGUCACCCCUGGAAAACCUCCUCCGUACCGCUCGCUCGCGGUGCACUCGGGACGCGGGGUGAGGAAACCAGGCACCGAAUAAAGAGCAGAAGUUUAACGUUUUA